CGCACAUUUGUAAACAUUCUGAGCAAUCUGUUUUAAGUCAUAUCUUUUCAAUUUCUUUUACCCGCUUCCCUCUUUCACAGGCUCAUAUCUGAGAAUACUGGCUACCACUUGCUGUUGUUCCUCAUCUUCUCCUUCCCAAGAAGACUAUCAAAAUAUUAUGAAUAAUUUAGUUGCGGGGGAAGCGAUGAGCCACAUUGAUGAAUUGAUUUCCUACAUUGAUAAGUUGUUAAAAGAGGAAAGAAAAGUUGACAAGAAGGAUGAGGUGGAUUCUUCUAUCAACUCUGCCGGUGGUUUACUGAAAAAAGUCUUGAAGCGAUCUAAGAGACAUCUAUGCAAGAGAGACUUUAAGGGAAAGCUUAACCGUGAAACCCGUAAAUUAAUGAUUGAUGUAACAAAUCAAGCAACGCAGAUUAAGUGGCUGGGAGUAGCUCUGUGAGUUGUAGCUUUUGUGUUGGAACGAAUUGAGCAAGCUUCUUCCAACACAAAGGAAUGCAUACAGCUCCUAAAAUACAUGUGUGACCUUGCAAAAUACAUCAAGCAGUUAGAUGAGCGUUUGCCUCAGGAGAAGCUGAAUCGGGUUCUUCAAUUCAUUAUAGAAGGCCCCGCCCUGUGCAUAUCGCUAAUAAAAUCUGAUCCGUUUUCCAAAUGUUUGGCUGCUCCGGUUACGGCUGAAGAUUUGCGGAGCUUACGAGGAAACCUUGAAGUUGAGUACUCAGAUCUGUCAUUGGGAGCGAUCAUCGCUGUGCUGAAUAGUAUUCCAGUUGUGCUGCCUCCUUCGCAAGGAAUACCUCCUCAAGCAGUUGGUAUUGAAGAACCGAGACAGCGCGUGAGUCAACUUCUAGACAUGGAAAUCAGAUCAGUUAUUGCAGUUGUUAUAUAUGGACAAGGAGGGAUAGGAAAGACCACAUUAGCCACUACAGUCUUCAACAAACUCGACCUCAAAAACUAUAAAUUUUGUAGAAUUGAUAUGGAACAGGAUUGUUCAGAGGUGGAUCUUAAGUUGCUGCAACACCAAAUUUUAAGAGACCUUUUUCAUCGUAAUAUUGAAUUGAGGAGUUUGAAUGAAGGUCGGGAAGAGCUUUCCAAGGAAUUUAAAGCACCCUCUUCUCAACCUGUCUUCAUCUUUGUUGACAAUGCACUGAGAGAAAAUGACUUGGAAAAGCUUUUGCCUAUAACUGACCUGGCAUCCCUUCCGCCGCAUAGCAGGAUUCUCGUGACAACCAGAAAUCUGAACGAGACUCGUAUAAUUUUACAGGCGGGAAUUGAACGCUAUCAUUACCAGGUACCUUUUCUUCCACACAAAGAAGCACAAAAACUCUUGUGUGAGUUCGCUUUAGGCAGUCGCGAGGCAAGUUUUCACCCCGCCAUAGAUAUUGAUGGCCUCCUCAACAUAUGCCAAGGAAUCCCACUGGUUCUAAAAAUGGCUGGAGCGAGAUUACGUGAACAUGCACAGAACAUUCCAACUUGCAGGGAAACAGUUGAGUAUCUCAAGUCACGGCUGGUAGAAGGAGAGGGUGGUGAUUUAAGUGAACGUAUGGUGGACUUUGUGUUUAACCGAUUGGAACCCUCGUGUAAAGAGGCAUUUCUAGAUAUUGUUUUCUUUUUCAGUAAUUGGAAGCGGCGCAGAGUGGCCUGUAGUGUUGGAGAGACAGAGCUUCAAGAGCUUGAGAGGGCUGCACUUGUAAAUAUAACGGAUAAACGCAGGGUGAAUGUUCACGAUAUAGGGCAAGCACGAGGGAAAAGGUUAUCGCCAGAUGGGGAGAGAAUCACCGAUCUAAAAACUCUCACUGAUGUUCUGCAAAAUGAAGAGAGGAUUAAGAAAAUAAAGGGGAUUGCUCUUAGCGGAGAAUUCGAGCUUGGAGCUCAUCAUCUCAACUUAAUGAACAGAUGUUUAAGAGUACUGAUAGCAGAAGGACGAACAAGAAUAGGAGGGGGUUUAAAAGUAUUGAUAGCAGAAGGACGAACAGGAAUAAUAAACGGAGAAUGCAAAGAACCCUUCGAAAAUCUAAGGUUGCUCUGGCUCGACAGUCAAUAUUACUCGCUGAUGGAUCUCAGUAAACAUCCGAGAUUAGCAGUAUUCAUUGGGGGAUUCUACGAUUGCUGUGAGUUCUCGGGCGGCGCAUCUGCAUCUGCAUUGAAAUAUAUGUCUUUACAAUUUGCUACAAUGGCUAAUCUUACCACCACCUUUUCGCAACUUCAGUCUUUGCGUGUUCUAAAUUUGCGGGAUUGUAAAGGGUUUGAUAACCUGCCUGAAACAAUUGGGAACCUAACUGCUUUGGAAAAGUUGGAUCUACGUUACUGUGAAUGUUUGGUGAGACUUCCAGACAGGUUUGGCCAACUUUGUUGUUUAAGCCAUUUGAGAUUAGAUGUUUGUAGACAGCUAUCUGCGUUGCCCGAAAGUUUUGGAAACCUCGCUUCUUUGGAGCUGCUAACGUUGAGAGGCUGUUGGAAUCUCAGAAAUCUACCUCAAAAUUUUGGUCAGCUGAAGCGUUUGAAAUAUGUGAGCAUAAAUGGAUGCAGGGUAUUGCAGAGCCUCUCUGAUGAUUUUGAAUGUUUGAGUUCACUGAUUGCAAUUUAUGCUGUGGAAUGCUCUCAACUUGAAGGAAACACAAUGGACAAGUUAGUGAAGAUGAAAGGACUGAUGAUAGUGGAUAUAGGUGGAAGCCCCCUUUUGGAAGAGCGGUGGGAACAAGUGAAGGAGCAAUAUUCUUUAGCGGUAGUGAAAUGGAUGUUCGGCUAUGAAGAUGAAAUGUAUAGAGCACUUUUUCACAGUGAGUCAAAAUUUCUACAUGUUGAUGAGAAUGGGCAGUUUGGGGAGUCGCCCUGCCCAGCAGACGGUGUAAAGUUCCGUGUCUUGUUAACGGUGUGUGAUCUGACAUUGGCAUCAAAGAGAAGAUAUUUGGAAGCAGUAAAGAAGAAAUGGGAGGAGGUAGGAAGUGCUUCGGAGGGAGGGCAGAUGAUGAUGAUCUACGUGGAUAUGGGAGUGUCAUGGGAGGAGAGCAAAAGACGUGUGAGGGAAAUCCUCCCGUAUUUACCUAGGGGUAGCACUGCUUGGAUUGCUCCUGACGACAGGGCCAGACUGCAGUUCAUCUACUCUCUUUUCAAGAAGGCUGAUAAGCAUAGGAUUACUGAAUAUGAGCCCACUGUUAUCGCCAGCAUAUCCACAGGGGUCGAUGAAGAGGGAUUGGGGAAUAUUUGGCUUCACGACUUCAUAAUUCCUGACUAUACACCUGAUUUUGAGUACGCACACAUUUUCGGCCAAUUACUCUCCCCUAUUUUGGAAGCCCGAGCAUUCCUCCGAAAAUAUCUUUAAUACCAGAGCUGUGUUGCAGUCCCUCCCUUUAAUUAAAAGUAGUAGGAGAUUUGUUAUAUGUUUAAAACAUUUGAGUGAUACGAGAAAUAGCUAAUCACAAUGUAGGAAAUAGUUGUUUUGUG